UUGUUAGAAAAUGGAGGUGAUUAUAUAGUGGUUUGAGUGUGGUGAGUGAUUGUAGUGAAGUGGUGUAGAGAAUAUUGUGAAUGUAGUGUGUGUAGAAGAUAGAGAGAAUGAUUUUAGAAUGGAGCUCUUGUCUCCAAAGAACUUAGAUAAUAUUAGAUAGAGUGAUGUUUUUGAGAUUGUUGAGAUUGGUUACAAAUGGCUCACAAGAGCUCUAUUUAUAGGUGUGGGAAGAUCUCUCUAAAUCCCACUACAUUAGUUUGUAUCUAGAAUUCUCUACUAGUAUCUACUUAAGGAAUUCUCUAGAUACUCUAUUUUAAAUAGCUAAUUUCUAGAAUACUCAUACUUCUCCUAGGUAUUAUUUAGAAUACUCUAGAGUAAUCUAGUUAGUGGUGAAUUCUCUAGAUUAUACAUAGCUUAUUCUCUCUUAGAAUAUUCUAGAUAAAUGCAUCACACUUCAAUAAUUAUAGAGAGACGUCAAUAAAAAUAAAUAGUAACAUUUCGACUGAAUUAUUUGAACUUAAAUAAAUGUAAAAGUUCUUUUCAAAAAAAAUAAAUGUAAAAGUUGAUGCCAUAUUGGAUUCUAGCGAAAAAAGACAAUGCAUAUCUGGAAUGCAUUUGUAAGUGACAAAUAUGAUAAUGAAAAGUAUUUACAAUGAAAACUACGCAUUAAACUUGUUUAUUUAGUUAUUUAUUUAAAUAAAGAACACACUAAUCUUUUGUCUGUUGGUUGAUCGUGUUCUUGAAAAUACUAUACACAAAUUACUGCUUUAUUGCUUUUGAUAAGAAGGAUAUCAUUUUCACAAAUAAAAUACUAUACACAAACUACAUUUGCAAUAUAACAAUGGAAAAUUAUACAGCAAUAAUCUUACUUUACUUCACAUAAAGGUAGCAAUUUCACUUCUUUAAUGGAUUUGUUAGGAUUCGGCACUACAGUAUGUCUUCUGCUUUCAUAAUUGAUGGUGUUCUUGGAAAUUUUAUAAUCUAAUCUACUUUCUUCCUUUUUUCUUCUAGAUCACAUUAGAAAAAUGAAAAAUCAAUCAAGCAAAACCACUUUUUUGGAUGCCACAACUUUUCAAAAUGAUCUGUAUUGUCAUUUUCACAAAAAAUACUCGAUGAAUACUGAUCAUCAUCAAUCCUGCUGUUGUUAGUCUUCCUUCAUUUCUUUCCCAAAAACUAAAACAAAAGAAACCAAAAAUUGUUCCUGAGAGAUGGCCUAUGCUGCACUUGUCUCCCUCACAAACACCAUAGACCGAUUCCUUAAUAGCAAUCUAUAUUCCAUCUCUGUUGAAGAAGAAGAACAAAUUAGAUCUCUCCUUGAGUAUGUUACCCCCUUCCAAGACUUCCUCGAUAAAUUUCCAGACAAGUUCAAGAGUUUGGAAGAGCGGAUGAGGGAAGCGGCAAACGAAGCAGAAGAUAUCUUAGAAUAUCUUGUGUUGGAAAAGGUUUUCUUGUCUUCUGAUGAAGAGUCUGAAUUACACGAUGAACUCGACCGAGGCACUGUGAUUAAGGAUAUUAAUUUGAAGCUGCAAAAAAUGUUCGAGGAAUUCGGCCAAGAUUUUCAAGAUGAAGCUAACGUCAACAGAUUAUUAGACGGCCGAAUUAGCGAAGUAGCAAAUAAAGCGAAAAAAUUCGACAGGUUUCUAAUGUGGGAGAGAAAUCACAUUCGUUUCAGAGACAAGUGGAGAUUUCUACCAGCGGAGUUUGCUAUGUUCAAGUCCAAACGACAGUUCAUAAACCACUUGAAAAAGAUGGAAAGUGAAAUUGAUUCGAUCAUGGCGGAGGCGAUCCCCGUGAAGAAUAUCAGUGAGGCGGUCACCGCCUCCUCAUCUGGGCUUGCACCGGCCGACAAUGUUAGUGAUAUGAUUGUUUUACAUGAUGAUGAUGAUGAGAAGGAGGCGGAAGAGGAGACUGAAUGCUAUCGUAGUUCAAAAUACGAACUCCAGAUGGAAAGGGUGAUGGAGGAGAUUGCUUUGAUUGCUGCACAAGUGAAGGAAAUCAAGGAUAGCUCCAGCAGCAAAGACGUUGAACGUGGUGGUGCUGAUACUUCUGCUGCUCCUACUUCAUCAUCAACUGAUCCAUCCAUCCACAAAGAUUCCAUGGUUGGUUUUGAAGAUUAUGUGUUAGACGUGAAGGAUCGCCUCUGUGGAGAGCCAUCCCGACUCCAAGUCAUCCCAAUCUGUGGUAUGGGUGGCAUCGGCAAAACUACUCUUGCCAGGAACGUUUAUGAUGAUCCAUUAACGGUGGGCCAUUUUGUGAUUCGUGUUUGGGUCACAAUAUCACAAGAUUACAGUGCACAGAGAAUUCUUUCUAGCCUUCUGGAGUCCUUGAAGGAAUACAACACAGGUGGAUUGGGACAAAGUGAUGAUGAAAAAGUGCACAAAAUUUUAAUGGGCAGGAGAUAUUUAGUUGUGAUGGAUGAUAUGUGGAGUGGUGAGGCAUGGGAUGUCGUCAGAAGGGUAUUUCCUGAUGAUGGCAACGGAAGCCGUGUUGUGCUAACCACGAGGUUGUUUGAGGUGGCUUCUUAUCCGGAUCCUUCGAACAGGCUUCAUGAGAUAAGCCUGUUGAAUGCAGAUCAGAGCUGGAAUUUGUUGAAGCAUAAGGUGUUUGCAGAUGAAGAAUGUCCUUCCAAUUUGGAAACUAUUGGGGAGGAGAUUGCGACAAGCUGCAAAGGAUUGCCCCUCGCGAUUGUGGUGAUUGCGGGGCUUCUAUCCACAGUUAGUAAGAAUCCAUCUUCAUGGCAGGAGAUUGCAGAAAAGGUGAAGUCUGCAAAAACUACAGAGCAUGACCAAAUCGAGGAGAUACUAUCUUUGAGCUACGUCGAAUUACCUCAAUAUUUGAGGCCAUGUUUCUUGUACAUGGGUUCCUUCCCGGAAGAUGAUGAGAUCCAUGUUGUGAAACUCAUGAGGUUGUGGGUAGCUGAGGGCUUUGUGAAGUUUUCAAUCAACUCCAAGAGCUUUGAAGAGGUGGCGGAAGAGUGUUUAGAUGAACUCGUCAAGAGAAAUCUUGUUUUGGUCAGAAAGAGGAAAUCUAAUGGCAGAAUCAAAAGCUGCAGCCUCCAUGAUCUGAUGAGGGACUUGUGCAUAAGAAAAGCGCAUGAAAGUCAGUUUUUCUUGAAUCUGAUGGAUAAGCAUGUUGAAAAGGAGCAUUUUACAGAAAGGAUAGAGAAUCAGCGCUGCGUAAGCAUUGAUUCGUCUCAUCUAAGAUACCUUUCAGACGAUGAUGAUUCAACCAUCCAUUCCAUCAGAUGCUCGAAAUAUCGUUUAGUGAAACUGAACUUUGUCAAGGGUGUGAGGUUGCUGAGGGUGUUGGAUACGGUACCUGCUGACGUGGAGAGCUCACCAUCAGUGCAUCAACUAUGUGAGUUAUUUCAUUUAAGAUACCUUGCUAUUAACUAUAUGCAAUCUAUUCCUAAGGGAUUAUCGAUGCUUAAGAAUCUGCAAACCUUAAUCCUUGGUAGAAUACGAGAUACAUUACGUUUUUUGGUAGUUUGUAAUCUUGUUUUGAGUUGGGACAUGCCGCAAUUAAGACAUGUUCACUUUCACGGCACAAUCUAUUUUGAGGAUCCAAGUGAAACAACUAUCUCUCUAGGAAGCCUACAAACACUUUCCUAUAUGUCACAUUUGUGUUGCACAGAAAGGAUCUUGAAAAAGAUCCCAAACCUUAAGAAGUUGAAGAUUUAUUGUUCUGAGGAUGCAGCUUGUUUGAAUGAUUUGGUGCAUCUGCACCGGCUCGAGAAUUUGAAACUAUAUGCUGGUCGUUGGGUUGGAUCUCGGCCAAAGCACUACAAGAUUACUUAUCCUAGCAUGCUGAAAAAGUUGAGUUUGAUUGAUUUGAGACUUCCUUGGAGCCACAUGAUUCUUGUUGGUUCAUUGCCAAAUCUACAAGUUCUUAAACUAAAGCAUUGUAGUUGGGUCGAUGGUGACACAUGGGAAACAAUCGAAGAAGCAUUCCCAGCGUUGGAAGUUCUUCUAAUUGAAGAUUCAGGGUUUAAGAAUUGGAUAACUGAAAGUAGCCAUUUCCCAAAACUCAAACGGCUACUGCUUCGUUCUUGUUGGAAUCUCAAUGGGAUUCCAAAUGAUAUUGGAGACAUUUCAACUCUUGAACUCAUUGAGGUUACUGGAAAAGUGAAAGAGUCUCUAAUGGAGUCGGUUGAAUUGAUACGAGAGGAGCAAGAAGAAUAUGGAAACAACAUUCAAGUUGUCUGCAGUGCUAAGUCCUAAAGAUGUGGAUUUGGAUAAGCCGGUGUUAUGUGUGUUUUGUUGGCCGAUCAUCGGGUUUCAAGCUUUCAGAGUUUUGAGUCGAUGAUGACGAUGACAAAAACAUGAUGAUGUAUCUUUCUCAUGAUUCAGAUUGAAGAAGAAAAGAGGAUGGGAAUGUGUUGUCAUAUUGAAGAGGUCCUCUUAAGCAAUGGAGUUUGGAACUUGUUUUGAUUUGUUAGAAGUUUUUUUCGCAUGUGAGUGGAUAAUGUUUUGAAGAGUGAUAGCAUUGUGUCCUUUAUCAUGUGUAUCAUGUGAAAACACUUAUGCAUAUGUUGUUUCGAUUUGCUUAACCGAUCGGUCAAGCUAUCGAAAGCAACAUACGCGCCGGUGCUUGUGCCUCCUUAGAGGACUUGCAGCCGGUGUCUCGAUACCUGGCCAUGGACAUGGAUAUUUCUUCGAUUUUGCUUGAGGCUUCCA